GUCAAAUUUAUACUCAAAUCAAAUUGACAAGUCGAAGUUUCACGCAGUUCUAGGUUUGCUUGGUGUUUAUUUUAAAAUUACUCAAAUAAACUUUAUUUCGAUCUCCUGAAAUAUAAAUACAGUGUGUUUACUGUUUGACAAAUCUUCAAUGAGAGGCUGAUAAUAAUCAAGUGUGUUGACCUUGGACUAGUUACAGAUAUAUCGACUGACGACUGGAUCUGUGGAAAAGAAAAUGAUUAAUCUUAUCAGAUUCCAAGAGCCUAUAUUUGAAGAACAGAUAACGUGUUAUUAAAAUUGCUUGACCUUCUUCUGCACUGAAAAUCAACAGUAGCGUACGCAAAAUGCCGAAACGAGACGAUGUAAUUACAAAUUAUGAGGACACAGCAACUGUGAUAGCAGAAUCUGAACAGAUACUAAGGCAAUGCUUCUCGCAAUUCAGGUUAGACGAAGUUUUCCUAUCGUUCAACGGCGGGAAAGACUGCACAGUUCUACUAGAUCUCACAAUAAACAUAUUAAAGGAUAUAUUUAACAAAGAUGAUGUCGCAAAAGAUCUGAAAGUCAUAUACAUGCGUUCAAAAGGCCCUUUUAGAGAAAUGGAAACGUUUAUAGAAAAAGUUGAAGCGCAUUAUAAAAUUAAAUUAGUAGUGGUUGAGGGAGAAAUGAAAAGCGUCUUAGAAAAUAUUUUAGAAACCGAUAGAAGACUCAAGGCCUGUUUAAUGGGAACGAGGAGGACGGAUCCAUAUAGUCAAAAUAUGAACUUUCUACAGAAAACAGAUCCAUCCUGGCCUCAAGUAAUUCGAGUAUCACCACUGUUAAAUUGGAGUUAUCAUCAAAUUUGGACGUACAUUCACGAGCGAAAUGUGCCUUAUUGCAGUCUGUACGAUAUAGGAUACACAUCAUUAGGUAAUACAUAUAACACGUUGCCAAACCCAUCUCUAGCGUACCACGUGAACGGUCACAUAGCAUAUCGACCAGCUUGGUUGUUAACCGACCCCACACUAGAAAGAGCGGGAAGAAAGUCCACACAACCCAGUGUACAAAAUGGUCACAAUGUACCUAUUAGUAAUGGUCAAACAGCACAGACAUUAUAGUUAAACCUUUGGAGCGCCUUUUUUUAGAUAUUAUGUUGUAUAAUUUCUUUUUUCUUGUUACAAAAUGUCACAACUUCUGUAUGGUUCGGUAAAUAUGGUAUAGCUACCUUUUGAACAACUCUUUGUCGUGUUAAAAAUCCGUGCUUUUAAAAUCUAGUGGAAAUGUAUGUUUUGUCCAAUGCUUUGGUAGUUGUAAAGAGGUUAAAAAGUCAAAUCUAUGUAUGUCUAUUGUCUUACAUAUUAUUGCGAAUUUGAAAAAACAACUUUUGAAUUUGUCCAUUCGCUGUACUUAUACAUUGAAGAGGUAGCUUUAAAAUAGGUAUAUACUUCAAAAGUGACUUAAUACGAAUAAUAUGCCUGUAUAAUUAACCUGUGAUACUCUCGCAAUGUGUUGUGUUCUCAGACAAAGGCUCAUGUUAAGUGGUACAAAUUUAAUUGAGCCGAGAUAUUUCUGUAGGACAAUUAUUAGUUCAAUUUAACUAAAAAUAUUAGCAGAUUCGUUAAAUUAUACUGCACGUUUGAUACGUGCUAUUUAUUCGUACUUAUUUUCUGAAGUUCUGAAAUUGAGCGCGCAUAUAAAUUAAAUUCAAAUUACAAAUAAGCCAUAGACAAUUUCACCUUUGUGAUUUGUCUAUGCUUUAUAGAACCUCAAAAUAACUGUUCUGUGUUGUGUACAACAGUACCCUUGACGAUUAUUAUUACUAUGUUGCUAUUCAACAUUAUUUUGUAACAUUCAACUAUCUACUUAAAAUUGUUUUGCGAGGAAUUAUAGCUUUUUUAGUUUUGUAAUAUUACAGCAGUUUUUUGAGAUACAGGAAAUUACCUAGUUGAGAAGGCAGAGCAUAUUGUAUAAUAUUUAAAGUUGCUAUUUUUUUUUAUCCACUCUGCCUUUGUUAUUUAUUUGGUUACUAGUUUAACUAUAUACACUUAUUUUUAUUAUUUAAUCACUCUUACAUUUAGUAUCACAUUAUUGUUACUACUCGGCCAACAAGCGUACUUAUAAUUUACGUUGAACAGGGAUUAAUUUUAAUUACACAUUAGUAAUCAUUUAUUUAUGAUUUUAUCACUUCUAUUUUUACUGAUUGUAUCCAACUUACCUUUGUAAUGUAGUUUUUAAAUCACACUAUGAACAUUUAGCAAUUGUUUGAAUCAAAUCCCAGUGAUAGCAGAUUGUUAUUAACAAUGCAUUUUAUUGUGCAUAUUUUAGUUCCAAUCUCGAAUUUAGGUUAGUUAUAAUUAAAUAAUUGUUAUAUUUAUUGACAGCAAAUACCAUCAGAGAUUUAAGGCUUCACCGUAAGAAUAUCACAAAUAGUUUUGUUUACUAAAUGUUUACACUUAAGUUACAUUCAUAUAAGACUCAUAACAACCCGUCUCAAUAUAUUGAGCUCAGAAUCCUUGAAGGUAUUUAUAAUGUUUUGCAUCACGAUUUUUUUUCUUUUAUUUACAUUUAAGUAUGUAAGUAUAUAAGUUUUAUAGACAUACCUAUAAGAUAUUAGGUAUCAUUUUUUAUCUUAGAACUAAAUAAAAUAAAACUCCUACAUUUCUGAUGGUAUAAUGCCAACUUAAUAAUUUUCAAAAUCCAAUAAUUAAUAAUGUUACCUGUUAUAUGCAAUUUCCUAUUAUGCCUACCUCUCUGUGAGUUAAUAAAUCUAAUUUGACCGAAA